AUGAAUAUUUCUGUUAGGAAAUAUUGUUUUUGUAAUUAUAAUGAUGAAUCACAAAAAUGUAAUUAUGAUGAGAAAACUUGUAUUAAAGAUGAAUUUGCUGCUUGUUUUCGUGCUGUAAGACAGGAGUUUAAUGAGGAAACAAAAACUUUUGAAUUAAUACAUUUAUUUGGUUGUGCUCCUCUUGAAAAGGGUUCAAAUGGUUCUCAUUUAACGUGUAAUGCUUGGCGUUUUGCCCAUUCCAGUCCAAAAUCUAUUUUUUGUUGUUAUGAGGGUAAUUAUUGCAAUAAACAUUUGACUAUACCUUCUUUUCCUUUAAUUGAACGUUCUACUAAAAAAAUUGAAUUUCCUUCUUCUUAUUCUUCAAUUUAUACUUUAGAAUCUUUUAUUUUUACAUUUUUUGGAUUUUUGAUUGGUUUAUGUUUAAUUAUUUUAUUUGCAAUACCUUUAAUUCGAAAAAAAAAUAAAUUAAUUAAAAGAAAUUUAAAUAAAGGAGGAGGGAAAGAAGAAGAAAGAGAAAUAAUUAAUUUAACAAAAAAUAAUUUAGAAAAUUCCAAAUCUUUUUUUGAAGAUUCUGGGUCUGGAGCUGGGAGAAUAAUUUUAAAUAAAAGGCGGAUAGCAUUAGAUUUACAAAUGAAAGAAAUAUUUUCUAAAGGAAGAUAUGGGGAAAUUUGUAAAGCAAUUUAUAGAGGAAGUUAUGUUGCUGUUAAAAUAUUUAAUACAACAGAAGAAGAAUCUUGGAGAAAUGAAAGGGAUAUUUACCUUAGCCAAAUGUUAUUAAUAACUGAUUUUCAUCCAUUGGGUUCUCUUUAUGAUUAUUUACGUUCAAAUUAUUCUUUAAAUUUUGAAGAAGCUUUAAAUCUUGUUUUAAGUACAAUAAAUGGAUUAGAGCAUUUACACAAUCCGGUUAGAGGAACGGGGGAAUGUCAAAAAUUAGAGAUUGCCCACAGGGAUAUUAAAUCAAAAAAUAUUCUUGUCAAAAGGCCGGGUGUUUGUUGUAUUGCUGAUUUUGGAUUGGCAAUUGUUAAAAAAGAACAAAAUAAUUUUUUAAAAAAUAAUUUGGUAAAUAUACAAGUUGGAACUAAAAGAUAUAUGGCACCAGAAAUUUUAAAUAAAACAUUAAAUCCAAAUAAUUUUGAAGAAUUUAAAUGUGCAGAUAUUUACUCUUUUUCUCUUGUUUUAUGGGAAAUAAUUAAUUGUAUUCAAUUACCAACAACAACAAAUAACAAUUAUUCAAAACAACAAUUAAUUAAACAACAAAAUAAUUAUUUAGUUAAUUGUCAAUCAACAAAUUAUUCAAGUGGAAUUGCAAGUGGAGGAGGAACUACAACAACAACAACAUUACCUUUUAUAAAUAGUACAAAUAAUAAUAAUUUAAUUCCUUCAACUAAUUCAAUUGAAAUAAUCAACAAUUCCUUUUCAAAUAUAUCAACAAUAUCUACUUCUUUAAAUGAAAUAAAUAAUUUAAAUAAUUUAAAAGAACACCACCAACAUAAACUUCCUUUUGAAUUAAUUGUUGAAACGGGUACUAAAAAAUAA